AAACUGACCGUUAAGCUCAUUAUCUUCUCGUUGAAGCAGCGAAAAUUCGUCGAAAUCUUGACGAUGAUGGCGGAAGAUUGGAACGAUUGCGGUAGCAGUGACGUUGCGUUGCGCGAAACGGCAAGGAAAACGAAAUUGUCGAGCCGUAUUUGUAAUGGAUUAAUUAUCCUCCAUACAAUCGCCGCGUUCGCAUACGUCAUCGGCAUCCUCCUGGCCGAUGCCGACGUCACCGAUCGAACGGCUGAACUACCUCUCAUGAUGAAAAUGGAAUAUCCCUUCGUCAUAGACACGCAACGCAAGUAUAGCCUGGUAUUAGCUACGCAGUUCGUUUUCGUGAUGGUGUGCAGUUGGGGAGCUGGUUUAUUCAACGCUCUGUUCCUAACUCUGACUCUACACGUGGGCGGUCAAAUGAACAUCCUGCUGUCCUGGUUGAUGGAACUUGGAUUGAAAGACGUCGAGGAAAAGCAUAAUUCAUUCGUCACUGUCAUGACAAAAAUCAUUCGGAAGCAUCAAAAAAUUAUCAAACUCUCGGAAAACAUUGAAAGUCUCUAUUCAUACAUCGCUUUGCUGCAAUUCGCAUCGAAUACGGUGAUGAUUUGCUCAUUAGGAUUUCUUAUUGUAACCGCAAUCGGCAGUCCCGACGCCACUGAACAAAUAGUGAGAUCUCUUUUAUUUUACGCUGUAACGAAUCUCGAAGCGUUUAUAUUUUGCUUCGCUGGAGAAUAUCUGAGCAAUAAGAGCAAAGCGAUCGGAAAUGCAGCGUACAAUUCUGCUUGGUACGAUAUGAAGACUAAGGACAGUCGUGUUUUAUUAUUCAUAAUUUUGAGAUCUCAAAGGCAAUUGAAGCUUACGGCAGGCAAGAUGACAGUUCUGUCCUUCGAGUGCUUCACAAACAUUAUGAAGGCUUCGGGAUCGUAUUUAUCGGUACUACUAGCAAUGAAAUAAACGCCGUAAUAUCUUGUGAUUUUUUGAGGCGACAACCGUGAAUCAAUUAAGUGACGAACCAAGUGAUAAUAUCGAAGUCGGUUUUUCUAAUUAAAAUUAAGACACAGUAGAUAUAUAUGUACAUAUAAAUAUAUAUAAAUACAUAUAUA